AUGGCGGCGCUUCUUUAUCUCAUCACUCUCUUAUCUCUCCCAGCAGUGAUACUAACAACACUAGCAAAGAAUAUAAGUAUUGACUGUGGAUCAACUGGAUCAUACGUGGACUCCAACGAUGUAACAUGGGUCGGAGAUAAGGGCUUUGUCACCACCGGAGAGCCCUUGGAGAUUCCUGACGUCGUCACAAAGCCGAUGAACACUCUCCGGUACUUCCCAACCGGUAAAACCAACUGCUACACCAACAUUCCGGUGACAAAAGGCCGGAAAACCCUAGUGAGGACGAGCUUUAAGUACGAGAACUACGACGGGAAGUUCUCGCCGCCAUCUUUUGACGUGAUUUACGACGGGAAACACCGUGACUCUAUUCAAAUUACUGAUUCGGACGAAGAAAAUUUCUAUUUCUCGGAGGUGAUAUUUGCUCCGGUGAAUGAGAAUAUCAGCGUAUGCUUCUCCCGUACGUCUCCGUCCGAUAACCCUUUUAUAUCUUCUAUUGAAGUUUAUAGUAUGGACGUUGGCAUGUACAACGAUCUUGAUCCUAAAGAAGGUCUCAUUCUCCAAGAAAGAAUUGCUUACGGUGCCAAAGAGUUUAUAAGCUACCCGUUAGACCCUUACGGUCGGCUAUGGAACGCACCAGGGUCCCUAGACAACCCCACAAUGACCAUCGAGCUAUCGAGCUUAGCCCUAUCAAUAGACAUCACCGGAGCGUCUAACAAGCCGCGGGAGAUUGUCAUGUCAAAGGCAUACUCAGGAUACGGAUUAUACGGUUCACUUUCCUACCCGGCUAUACCCUUACCUGGUUCAACGGUAUACAUGGUUCUUUACUUCUCAGAACCUGAGAGUCUAGGUCGGACUCAAAGACGGUCUUUCAACGUUUUCUUGGAUACCACUCAAGUGGGUUCGCGUCCCAUUGUACCGGUGUUUGGGAAAGCGACUCAAUUCGUUUUGAGAGAUGUAGUGCCUACGUCGAUGUCCCAGAUAAUCUUUAAGUCAACCGAUGACUCGAAUUUGCCACCCCUCAUCAAUGGGUUGGAGCUGUACUCAAUAAGUAACAGCAACCGAGUCCGAGACACCCAAGGUCCCGGAGCUACGGAACCACACAAAAACAAUGCCGUAGAAGAUAUAGAACCUUUAGAUGUGACAAAAACAAAGGGAGGAAGAAAGAAGAAGAAAAACAAAUUACCACUCAUUUUUGGUGUUACGUUUGCCUCUGCGUUUGCAAUUCUCUCAUCCGGCUUUGGGGCUAUUUUCUUUAGAAAGCGUCAAAACGCAAUACCACACUCCAACACAACACCAACUAUGUCCACAGGGCAUGGAACAGGCACGGGAAUGUCGCCACUAGUUGAACAACAGUUCGUCAGCGACACGAAUGAUUCGUAUGUUGUUCAAGAUGAACAACAUUGACCCUAGUCGUGUGAUCUACAUUCCUUUUCUUAUUUAUGAAUUUUAUUUUAUUUUAUAAAAAAGUUAUUCUUUCAAUUUAUA